CAUUUUUUGUUUUUAAAACUCUGCAUAAUAUACAUGUACCAUGUACGGACAUGGGACGUCACAUAUUAAGUAUGUGAAUUUAGCAAAUAAAUACGUAAACGUAAGGCGUUCACUCCCAAAAACAUAACCAGCUUCCAGUGGCAAACGCAGGGGUGGGGGGUGUACCCCCCCCCGAAAUUAGUGUAGUAAAUAAUGUAGAACAGCGUGAAUAGUAUGACAUUUAUGAAUUUUUUUAUUUGUUCACCCCCUCCCACCCCAUAAUUUUUUUCUGCAUUCGCCCCUGCCUUCUGCUAUGAUUUAUAUCGAGUUUCGAAACGUUUGUAUAAUUAAUGCAUCAGGCAAUAUUAUUAAAUAUGACCGGACAAAGAGAGAUUUAGAGAAAUAAAGUUCAAGAGUAAUUUGGUGAGUGGUACGAUGAUAUUUUCAGUAUCGACAUUAUCGGCUCCAUCUCGUCAGCAUGUAGGUACAAUGGUGAUUUUUUAGUUUUGUCACAUUGGUAGGUAUACGCUAUUGCGCAGAUUUUGAGGACCGAUUUUAAAUUUUUGCGGACGACUAGUUUUUUCACGAGUUAAAAAACACUUACUUCAAUUUUUAGAAUGCAAUUAUUUUGGGGAUUAUUCGAAUUAGCCGAAUGGAUAGAGUACUGGAUACGAUAUGGUGGAUCGGUGACGGGAAGCCGGCUCGCAAAUACAAUACACUUCUUUUCCGAGUAAAUAGGUAAAAUGCACGCUAUCUGCUUGAUAAAAUAUCAACUUGCCUAGCGCCCUUUAUAGUUAGGUACAACGUCAACAAUUCCACCACGAAAUUAAAAUUGACUACGUGGAGGGUUGAGUGUUGUUUCCAAGAACUGACAACAGCUCAACUGCCAAACCAUAUUGGUUACCAGCCAUGACCAUAUAGUUACCACGCCCUCGCACGACACGUAGGCACAAUCCGACAUUAUAAAAUCUUAUCUUCCGAGACCGUAGUCGUUUCGGGGUUGUUUAAUGAUAACAUUACAUUGUUACGUAUUCUAUAGUCCAUAUCGAUUUCUAAGUUCUUGUUGAUCGAACAACACGAUAAUUAAUACUAAAAGAUACAAUCAAUUAACUAUUUUUUCGUCAGAAAUUAUUGCAAGAUGUCACGUGAAAUCCCGAUUCCACCUCUAACUGGAACAUUUAAAAGAAGACUUCUAAAUGAAUUAGCAAUCUUUAAUCAGAGAACGCCACCAAGAAUGUCUCUAGAUGGUCCCCUGCAAGACGAACGACAUUUCAAAGUUUUCUAUGUAAAUGUGCAAGGUACUGAAGGUACUUUAUGUGAUGGAGAAAAGUUUAAGUUGCAGUUCAAAUACAACUAUUUAUAUCCUAUUGAGCCGCCUAUAGUUUCAUUUGUAGGCGAAAACAUCCCAGUUCAUCCUCAAGUGGAAAGAAAUGGGCGUAUAUGUUUAUCAAUUCUUACUAGUGACUGGACAAUAGAAUUCACUGUUCAUUCGAUCUGCCUUUUAAUUCUGAAUUUACUACGGAGCUCAGAAGAAAAGGGAAUACUCGAAGAUUAUACUGAAUUAAAAACUGGCAAAAAAAUAAGAAAAUGAUUUCUUUACUAUGAUGGUUGUGUGCAGUUAUAAAAAUCAAUUCAAUUAUUUUUCAUUCUUCAAGAAGACAAUUGGCUCCACUGAACAUACCCGUAAUAUAUUCUUAUUGAGUGAAAAUUGUAUACAUAUAUUUAAUGCAAUUAAAUGUACUCAUUUAAACACAUUCAUUAAUUGUACCCAGAUCUUUUUAAUUGUAGAUUUGUUCAUUAUAAAUACCUAAAUA